GAUACGGAAUCGUCGCUAAAUGAUUUCGAAAUAGGCAAAAAAUAAAAAAGAAGUAGAAGCAAUAUUCAGUGAGCUGGCGCUAAUUUUCCUGCCUGUUGUGGCGGUGACUGGAAGGAAGAGGAAGAGAGGAAGAGGACUACUAUUUCCUUUACCGAUUCGUGUCAAUGGAGGCGAUUGGAUCCACUCGGGGUUCUGUUGACCAAUCUGUAUGUCGAAUUUGUAGUUGAAUGCGACGUUGCCCAUGUCAGGAAAAAUCACCCUCGGGGCCUUGUCAACACUGCCUGCUGCGCUCGCCUUGUGUGACGGUGGUGAAUAGCUGGACCGUAACCGCGUUGCCUGGUGGAAGCGUAUUUAGAAACUUGGUGUCUGCAGAGCACUUGACGGCACUGGGAAGAUAGAGAGGGACGACACAAGAAGAGCUGUGGAGCUUUGCGGAUGAGGUGUGAGCCAUCAAUUGUCGACAAUUUGUUGUGGGUUAGGGCUGGUGGAGGAUUAGGAGCUGGUGAAGACUCUUGGGUUCAGCUUCGGAGCUUGUUGAUUUCUUCUUGUUUUAGGGCGAUCAGAGGUGGAGGAGAAUUUACAAGAGCGACGUUAUAGAAAAGCGUGUGUGUGGAAGCGUCUGUUUUUAGCCCAUGAUGCCAUGGAACGCACAUGUUUCGUAGUUUGUAGGGUUUCUGCCUCCAUGGAAUGGAAAUCUGUGAUGGAUCAGACUGCUCAAAAGAGCUAUUGGAGUUCUUUCUUGUUUUGUCAUAGGAGAAGAUUGUGGCCUUCGUUACUUUGGCUCUGGGCUGCAGCUGUUGCACUGCUUUCAGGUUUUGGAACUUCUCAAGGGAUUAAUGCUUGCAACCGGAUUAACGUUACCACUGAUUCAUCAGAAGUGAACGCACUUCGCGCUAUCUACAGGGGUUUUCUACUACCUUCUCCUGGGGACUUGCCUGGCUGGAUUGAAGGAGGGGAUCCUUGUGGGGUUGGAGGCAAGGAGGGAUGGCGGGGAGUCGCUUGUCAAAGCAUCAUAAAUGGACCUUGUAGCACCACUGUCUCGGGACUGCAACUGACAAAUUUGAACCUCAAGGGGAGCCUGGCCAAGGAAAUUGGUAACUUAAAAAACCUAUCAAUUCUAAGCAUAGCUUACAAUCCAUCUCUCAUGGGACCAAUCCCAAGCUCUGUUGGAAACCUGACCAAUGUAGUUGUUCUAGAUUUAAAUGAUAAUGGCUUCAGCGGGAAUAUACCUUCGCUUGCUCGAUGCAAAAGCCUGCAGGCUUUAGACUUGAGCGGAAACAAGCUCAAUGGUACGAUAUCUGAAUGGUUAGGUAACUUGACGCAGCUCCAACGGCUUGACUUAUCGAAUAAUCAACUCACUGGUAGCCUUCCAGUUUCCAGUCUGAACAACCUAAAAAAUGUUGUUCACAUAGCAAUCAGUAACAAUAAUCUGACAGGAACAUUGGAUAACUUCAGCACCCCUAUUUCCCUCAGAACUUUGAAUGUAAGCAAUAACCACUUCAGCGGCACAAUGUCUUUUCUCAAAAACGAGUCGCAGCUUGCUGUAUUGGACUUAUCAAGGAAUGAAAUUAGCGGAGUAUUGCCAGAUAUGACCACCCCAGGUCUUCAACAAAUAUAUAUGGCAAGCAACAAGCUGAAUGGCAAUAUUUCUUCUGCUUUCUUGAAUAGUCCCAACCUUCAGUACUUGAGCUUGGAUUACAAUCAAAUCUCUGGAACCUUGGAUUUGCCACCGCUGCAGAACUUUUCGAGGUUGCAGGCAAUGUCGCUUUUAAAUAACAGCAUUACGAAUGUUGGAUUUCCGGCUUCGAGUAUGCUAUCUGCUGCUGACCUUUCUGUGUCGAACCUUCUUUUCCUCAGCGGAAAUCCAUACUGCAGCAAUCCUCAAACGGACCUUCUCCUGCAAAUCUGUCGCUCAAAUUCUAGCCAGAGAUUGAUAAGAUCGAUUGUUACUGUGGUUCAUAGUACCAGUAACAUCAAUAGGUUGCUUGUAAUUCUUGUUAUUAUUGCUGCAUUCUUUGGGAUGCUGGUGGCAAUCAUCUCCAUGAUUGAAGUUCGGAGAUUGUUGAAGAAAAUCCAAUCCCUUCGGGAAAAUCAACAAGAUACUGAUAAAGUUGACGUUCAAGUCCAACCAAUCCUUUACUCGUAUACUGAGCUGAAGGCAGCUACUGAAGACUUUUCCGACUGGAGUAGGUUGGGGCAAGGCGGUUUUGGGGUUGUGUUCAAGGGUGUUUUGAGUGAUGGCACAGCACUGGCGGUCAAGCAGUUGACAAAUUCAGAGCUAACGCUUGAAGCGUUUUUGAAUGAAGUUGUAACCAUCAGUAGUGUGAAGCAUCGGAAUUUAAUCAGUCUCAAAGGUUGUUGCGUUCAAGGUGACCAACGAGUCCUCGUGUACGAGUACGUGGAGAAUAACAAUCUUGCAGAAGCUUUAUGGGAUGCCCCUUCGAAAGGCGGCCGUGAACUCGAUUGGUCAACUCGAUUCAACAUCAUAUUAGGGGUUGCUCGCGGGCUUACACAUUUGCAUCAUGUUGCAAGUCCACCAAUUAUACAUAGAGACAUUAAAGCUUCUAAUAUUCUUCUUGACACAAAGUUUGAGCCCAAGAUUGGAGACGUCGGUUUAGCUCUGCUUUUUCCCACACUCGAUAACGAUCGAAGUCACCUUAGUGGUAACCUUUCCGGAACCAAGGGUUACUUAGCGCCAGAGUAUGUAGCUUAUGGCCAUGUAUCAGAAAAAUCUGAUGUGUUCAGCUUUGGAAUCUUGGUACUUGAAAUCAUCAGUGGUAGAAAAAAUAUCAACUUGAGACUUCCAGCAGAACAACGAUACAUCCUAGAAUGGGCAUGGAAAAUGUAUGAAGCUGACAAGUUGUUAGACUUCAUCGAUCCGAAACUGGUCGACAGGUCGAGAGACGAGGAAAUUAAGCAAGUCAUGAAAUUGGGAUUAGCUUGUGUUUUAUAUGCACCUGAAAGACGGCCGACGUUUUCGGAUAUAGUGUCUAUGAUGGUAGGUCGUUCGCCAUAUUUAGGUACUAUAUGUAGAGAUGAGGAGUUUUCGAAGGAGGAAGUUGACACCAUGUUCGCAACGGUGCAAGAUAGUGCUCUCACCCGAGUGGAUGAAGAUAUUCCUUUGCUUGUUGGCUUACCUACGGCAAGCGCAAGUGGAGCCUUCAUUGAGCUUGGGAAAUUAAAACCCAGAUAACGUAAAGAUGGGUCAUUACGGAUACCAACGGUAGAAGAGGUCAUCCAAACACUGCGCUGUAAAGCAGAGUCUGGCUUGUCAGUCUCUCGGCAGAAAAUGUGAUGGUAACAAGUGCUUGAACUUUUACUUUCGACAUGACUACAUUUUCCAAUCACAUUUAAAGUUACUUGUGAGUUUCCGGAUCA